GGCUGGGCAGGCGGGUGGACGGCCGGACACUGGACCCGGAAGAGGAGGGGAGGAGGCGGCUGGGAUGUGCAGCGAGCUGUCCAUGGGGUCACCAAGGCGGCCCCAUUUGCACAGGUAGAGGCAGGGGCGCCCCUGCAGGAGCUGAGCCUCAGCCUCGUCCCCGCCCUCCUCCGCCUCCUCCGCGUCAGCUCGGCUGGAGGCUCUGGACACCACAGCCGGCGCACCCCCUGCUUUGGCGGCGACUGCUAAUAUUGGCCCAGCCAGCGGACCACCGGCCCGGCAGUUUCGGCAGAGAGCCUGGGGCACCAGUGACUCCCCAGUCCUCUUCAUCCACCGCCCCAGAGCUUCGGGGACCACGCAGCGACUAGAGUACAGGGGCCGAAGAGUCACUGCUGAGCUCGAGGAAGAGGAGGGGGACUCCAGUCCCCAGCCCCAGGGCCCCACACCUCGUCUGGCCCAGCCCCCAGCCAAGGCUGCCCCACAGCCCGAGCCCCAGUCGGCCAGAGCUGCCCGAGAUCCCAGCCCUGAGGUGAGCUGCUGCGGCCUGUGGCCCAGAGACCCCCAUCUGCUCAGAACUGAGGCCAGCAGCCAGCCGCAGCCCCUGCCCCAUGCAGAUGCCAGUGGGGAUCCCGAUGGAGAAGUCGGUGCUGGUGCUGCUCGCCUUCUUGGCCUUCGCCUCGUGCUGCUUCGCUGCUUACCGCCCCAGUGAGACUCUGUGCGGCGGGGAGCUGGUGGACACCCUCCAGUUUGUCUGUGGGGACCGCGGCUUCUACUUCAGACUUCCAGGCCGGCCCGCAAGCCGCAUGAGCCGCCGCAGCCGUGGCAUCGUGGAAGAAUGCUGCUUCCGCAGCUGCGACCUGGCCCUGCUGGAGACCUACUGUGCCACCCCCGCCAAGUCCGAGAGGGACGUGUCGACCCCUCCGACCGUGCUUCCGGACAACUUCCCCAGAUACCCCGUGGGCAAAUUCUUCCAAUAUGACACCUGGAAGCAGUCCGCCCAACGCCUGCGCAGGGGCCUGCCUGCCCUCCUGCGUGCCCGCCGGGGUCGCACGCUCGCCAAGGAGCUGGAGGUGUUCAGAGAGGCCAAGCGUCACCGUCCCCUGAUCGCCUUGCCCAACCAGGACCCUGCCGCCCACGGGGGUGCCUCUCCCGAGGCGCCCAGCAAUCGGAAGUGAGCCAAAUUGUCGUAAUUCUGCGAAGUGGCACCAUCUGGCGCGUGACCUCCUCUUGACUGGGACUUUCCAUCAGGUCCCCCUCUGAAAUCUCUGUACCAUCCUCUCAGCGGGCUUCCCCAACCCAGCCCCCGUGCCCCAACCUCCCCAUGUCAGGCUAGUCUCUCUUCGGCCCCCUCCAUCGGGCCAAGGGAAACAACACCUUUAAAAAUGUAUGAAACCAAUUGGCUUUAAAUAUCUCCCCCAAAUUAUACCCCCCCAAUUAUCUUCAAAUUGUAUAACAGAAAUUGAAAUCAUGAGCCCCCUUAAUCUCACACAAACACAUACAUCAGCCCCCUUAAAAAUGAAUUGGCUUUUUAGAAACACCAGAAAGGCUAAUUAGCUUUAAAAAAAAAACCCAAAAAGAUCAAUUAGCGAAAAAAUUACUAAAAACGAAUUAGGCCUCCAAAAAAUUGGCAAAAUGAAAGAAUUCGGCCCCCCCCUUCUUCUCUGUUCCUUCGGACCUUCAGUUAAAUUGACUGGAAUCUGACUGUCCACGAGAAAGGAAGGGA